AUGGCUCGACUAAAGUAUUCUUUAAAAUCUGCACAGGAUUUGGCUGAAGAACAUGAGAAAACAAGAUUAUAUGGGCAAGUUCAAGACCAGCUGGAUGAAUGUCGAGAGGAAUGCUAUCAAAUAAGAGAAUCUUUGGAAGGGGGGCAUGAAGAUAUUUCAGAAGGUGAGUUUGCAUAUGACGAGUUAAAACAGAAAUUGCGCAUCUUAGGAUUAAUCCAUAUCACAUGGCAAGCCUGCAAUCUAAGGCAGGCUCAAAUUUUAAAUGUGGAAUUUAAUACAUCAAGAAUCGCUUGGAGAAAUCAAAGAGAUAGAAAUUGGCAUAUUGCUCAAAAAUUGCAAAAUUCUGAUAUGGCUGCUCUUCGAGGUCGAACUAUAGCACAAAUGGUUACUAGUAAUAGUUUUAGAAAUCCUUCAAUAACUCAUGACUAUGCAAAUGUCGGUGGAAAUAAUACAGUAACG